AUGGCAGACUCAGCGGCGGCCGACCCGACCACGUCGGGCGACCGAUACUUUCGCAUCACCGACCAAGACCACCGCGGUUCGAUUCUGGUGGUCUCGGUGAUAUGUGUGGUGUACAUCCCUAUGAUCCUGUCCCUCCGCGGCACAUUUACCGGCAAUCAGAUUGGGAUGGAUGAGUAUUUGGCCAUUGCUGCUUCGGUGAUUGGAGUUUUGCAAUAUGUCAUGAUUUUCGUGGCCAUUUCCCACGGAUUCGGGAGAUCGUAUUUCGACAUCGGAUCAUCCGAUGCAGGGUCGAUUGGAAGGCUGUACAUCGCAUCGAUCGUUUUGUUCUUCGUGGCGCUGUUCCUGACGAAAUGCUGCGUCAUCCUGCUCUGUCGGAAGCUGUUCAGCGUGAACAUGAGAAGGAGCCGCCUUAUGUGCGACAGCGUGGUUGUCAUUUGCGGUCUCUGGUGUCUGGGAGCCAUCCUCGGUGUCACGGUCGGCUGUGGUUCUCUCGGACAGAUCGGAUACCGCGGCUCCUUCUGCCAUGACUUGACCACCCGAUGGAACGCAGUCGCCGUCAUUGACGCGGUGACCGAACUCCUCAUCUUCUCGCUGUCCGUCAUCGUGGUAGUGCCUUUGCAGAUGCGGCUCGACCGAAAGAUUGCGGUCAUGCUUGCUUUUGCUCCCAGACUGAUAACGAUCAUUCUCAUCGGCCUUCACGCCCACUACAUCGACCUGACCAGGCACUCCUCGAAUCCCGGAGUGGAGAUUGUCACUCCGGUCGUGUACCAGCAAGUGCAACUACUAUUUGCGCUGGUUUCGGCCGCUCUGCCUGCUCUGAACCGUGGCCUGCGGAAGUUCAACACGAGCAUGGGGAGUACGUGGAUGGAGACUACAGCGUCGCAGAGCAGCCGACAAGCUACGAGGCAGAAAACCGGCCGCGGGACCCGAAGCAUCCCGCUCAAGUCGUUGAACAAGUCCCAAGACAGUGACAGCAGGAGCAAGAGAAGAUCACUGGACGAGGACAAGGUUGUGGCGGGUGAACAACCGCAACAACAAGACCCCAACUUCCGGCCGGACAAGGUUCAAUACAACACAUCGACAUACUGGGGGAAUAAUGCGAUCGAACCCGAUGCGCGAUCCGGCGAGUCUCAAGACAGCCAGAACAGCGAAGCCAACAUCAUCCGCAAGGAUAUGCAGUGGCAGGUCCGUUACGAAAACAACAAUACCCCGGCAUAG